UUGGCUUCAGGCUUGCGAGAGGAGAUGGACUUUGUCGCGUAGUAGAUGGCGUAGUCGUCAUGGAGCGACGACGCGGCAAGCCAAGGCAGCGCAGCGCAGGGCAGAGCAGCCAAGGCAGGUCACCAUGACGUAGGCCGUACUAUACACCGAGCUACCCUGCCAUUGCAUUGCAUUGCAAGUUCCUAUCCCAACAUGGACAGAAUAGCACUCGUAUUCCUCCUCUGGCUGCCGUGAGAUCCGUUUCACGAGACAACUGCUCUGGUCCCGAGACCGACCAUGAAGCCCCGGCUCUCCGCUCUUGGCUCGCUUCCACGCGUCUCCCUGUGGUCGACAGUACCAAAACCCCAGCCUCGAUCCUUCACCACAACAUUGCAUCCCCGACUCGAGGGCCCCAAGUUUGACGACUACAACAACUCCAAUGCCAGGCCUGCCUCUGAACUCAAUGAAAACAUCACGCAAGAAGAGAAGGACCACUUUGCAAAGAAAUUGGACCAAGACAAGGGGAAGCAGAUACGCACGCCAUGGCACAGAGAAGGGAGCGACCAACCGCCCGUUGCGCGGCAGAGGAGCGCUGGCGCAAUGACAAAGGGCAAGCUCCUCACCACCCCCUCUCGCAUGCUCAAAAUCAUCCUUCCCCUCACCACCAAGGAUAUGAAUACAGAUCGCAAGGAUAUCGAGCCGCUCGCCCUCCUCGUACACCCGCAACAACCCAUUUCCUACCUCGAGCGCUUGAUCCAGGCCGAGCUCCCUACACUCAAAGAUAAAGACGGCAAAGAGCGUAUACCCAGUGUCUACUUCCGCGCCGAGGACUCUAUGCAAGCCGACACGCAAGCCUCACAGUCGGCAGCGGAAACCACCGUGAGCAACGACAGCGAAUCAGCCCUGCGUCAACAUGGCCAGGAAGAUUUCGAAAAGGUGGACGAAUUCCGUAUCGACGGCAAGACGGAAAAGACUGGCAAACUGAGCGACAGUAGCCGGGACAGGAAGACGCCAGAGGAGGCAGAAGCUCUACGAGGUGCGCCUGGCCAAGGAGGCGUCGAAUCCUACUCUGGGCAGGGCCAGGAGGCUCCCUCCGACUUGAAGGCCAAACGCAAGUUUGUCCGUUGGUCCUCGUCCACCGAAAUUGGCGACUUUAUCCGUGACGCGGCUCGCGGGCAAGAGUUUGCCAUUGAGAUCGAGGGUGCCCCGGCCGAGAUCCGCGUCGGUGUACCCAGCUUCAACGAACGAACCUACUACCUCCGAAUGCGACUGCGCAAGACCUCGAAGAAGAUUAGUGAAAUGGCAGACAUCAAGAAGGAGUGUGACGAGCUUGCCCACAAGGCGGCUAAGAAUGUCGCAAAAGCCGGCUUUGCGGGAAUCGUCACUUGGUGGGGUGUCGUCUACUAUCUUACCUUUCAGACCGAGUUGGGCUGGGACGUCAUGGAGCCCGUGACCUAUCUCGUCGGCCUCUCUACCCUCAUAGGUGGUUACGUGUGGUUUCUCUACCACAAUCGCGAAGUCAGCUACCGCUCCGCCAUGAACUUUACCAUCUCGCGUCGCCAACAGAAACUCUACCAACAGCACAGCUUCGACCUCAGAAAGUGGGAGGUCCUCAUCGACGACGGCAACUCGUUACGACGGGAGAUCAAGGCCGUCGCCAAUGAGUAUGAUGUCGAGUGGGAUGAGCUAUUGGACGAAAAGGACGAGAAAGUUGCCCAGGCGCUAAAGAGCGAGAGGAAGAAGAAGAAGGAGGGGAACAAGAGUGAAGAAAAGGAUGAGGAUGAAGAUCAUGAUCAUGAUCACGAUCAUGAACCGAGUAAAAGCAAGCGUCAGGUUGAGGAUAGAGGAUCCAAGUAAGAAGUGGUAAUGACGGGUGACCGUCUUCGACGUUUUCAGCGUGGCGUUGGGGUUAUAGAAGAGUGCCAUUUUCCGCCGUAGAAUAGUAGACCAGCACACGAGUUGACAUGUACAAACGCUUUCCGCCAUCAAGUUAUAGACCAAAAGCUUCGUUGUUGCCAUGUUAGGGAUUACAACAAGGGCAUCACCAAAAGUAGCACGCUGUCAAAAUACAUCGUUGCACAAGCAAUGCAUACAUGUGCUAUAUCCAUGAAAGCUUGUUCCGCCUGAACCAUCUAGUCUGGCCAAAUGCGAAACACUCGCUUGGCCGCCACACUCGUAUGCACAUCCACCAUG